CUGCCUCUGUUCAAGGAUCCUCUCUGGUGCCUCUGCAGGCCGCAACACCUUCUGAACAAUCCCGGGUCAUUUUCCUCUUUUAACGGGGGAGGUGAUUCCCUUUGGACGGAAACUGCCACAUUUGAAUAUCUGAGUUUUACAGAUGAGAGGAGAAGAGAUGCUCUGCCUGCGUGACUCAAGCGACUGCUUACGAGAGCAGAUGCAGUACAUGAUGAGGUCACUGCAAGACCUGAAAAACCUACGCAAAACCUGCCCCGCAGCCAAACGCCCUCUCAGCACCCAACUCCCAGCUUUGGUGCGCCACUCGGCAGUGGCCCGGGCCUGUCAGCAGCGGGCAUUGCAGCGAGAGCUGCGCACACGUUUGCGGAUGUCUGAUGCCAGCACGGCCAGCACGUACGACUCGGCCUGCUGCCUGGCGAGUCAUCUGGAGGAGGACGAGGACAACUUGAGCAGCCGGCUGGGCCUGAGCCCCGGACUGGGCUCUCCCAGCAGCCAGAAAAGUUUGGAGUUUGAUUCAGGUUACUCUGAGGCGUCAUGGCAGGACGAAGGGGUGGUUCUCAGGAGGACCAGGAAUGUGCGGGUGUCAUCUUCAGCCUGCCUCCGCACAAACAGAGCAGCAAGUGGACGCAUUCGACCCAAAUCCACUUCUGACGCCUGUCUGGAGAGAUGGACAUCGUUUGAGGUCAGCGACUCAGAGGACUGGACGAACUCUUUAUUGACCAGAGGGCGCAACCGCCAACCUCUGGUUCUGGGUGACAACAGCUUUGCAGACCUCAUACAGAACUGGAUGGACUUACCAGAUUGUCCCGAGCCCACUGCGCUUGAGCCAAAUUCAAGAAGUAGACCGGGAAGAGGUUUCUUUGUCAACAUGAGGAGGAAACUGGCUGGGUUUUCCAAGAGUGUAGAGGACAGAGUGAGGAUGAGAUCCACAGACUCUGCUCAUAUUAACAGAGCUGCAAAUGCUCCAAAACGUCUGUCCUGUCCAGUCGUGGCAUCGCAGCCCAAAGUCCCUUUUUUCCACCAGUCUUACUCGGGCAUUAAUGAGAUGAACACAGAGUUUUACAACUUUGCAGCCCUCAUGAAAUCACGCAGCCGACAGCCCAUCAUCUGCAAAGAUAUCAUUUGCUACGUCUGACACAAAGCCAUGUAAAGACUGGACAAUCCUCAGAGUCACUUUAUUUUUUAUAUGACUGUUUUUUUCACUUCGUAUAUGCUGUGACUAAGCUACUGGAAAUAAAGAUGUUCUCAUAAUUUAAACUCUA